AUGAAGUCUGCAGCGGCAGCUGUGCUCUCAGCUUCUGCUGCCGCCAUUGCUGCUGCUGGUUUCUGGCUGGACUCCAAGUAUCACAUCAGGUCCGAUAUUGCCCAAAUCCAGUGCUUGAAAGCAAACCGUACCUUCUACCAAAAUCUUUGCAAAGUUCACGGGGAGUCUGACUGGUUCUUCUACCGCACGCUACACUCGACUCGCGGAAAGAACGAUUAUGACGAGGCCUUCAUUUUCGAAUCGCGAAGCUGGACUUAUGCUGAACUACGGAGAGAGAUUGGAAGAUUGGCUGAGGUUCUGCAAGCUCUGGGGAUUAGAAACAGAACAGUGGUUGCCAUCGAAGCUGAGUUUCUGAUAACCACAUACGAGUUAUUUGACGCUGCUACAACCAGCCUGGAUACCGCAGCCAUUGUGCCCGAUGGAACUCCAGCGAUGUAUUACAAUGACGCUCAAUUACCCAAGCUCAAAAAGGUCAUCAAUUACGACUAUGGCACCUACGACAGCAUCUCGCAGUCUCUACCUGCCCUAGACCACAACACGCUCAAGCAUGAGCGCCUGCAGCCGGUCACGCCGCAGUCGGCGGACUGGCCCAGCGAGUCAAGGCCUGUGGUGCGAGCCAGGCAUACUUCGCAGUACUUGUUCACAUCCGGGACGACAGGGCUUCCGAAGGCAUCUGUAUGGCCCGCAGCAUACAGCAUGAUGGCAUGUGGAUCCCUCAGAUGGCCGCUAAUGUUCCAAAAGCCUCGCCGAUUCUAUAUAUCCACACCCAUUUUUCAUGGAGGUGCCGCCUUUGCUGCCCUCCCUUCUACGCUUGCCACAUCUGGAACAGUCAUUCUGGCGAGAAGGUUCUCGGUCUCGAACUUUUGGAAAGACUUGCGCCGGAGUAGAGCUAAUGCGAUGUUCUAUAUCGGGGAGAUGAUUCGCUUCCUCGUCCAAGCUCCGCGAGACCCUCACCACCGAGACGAGAAGUCUUCUCACAGUCUGGAGCUGAUAUAUGGCUUGGGAUUGAAUGCGACAGUAAUUCGUGCAUUUCGGGAAAGAUUUGGAGUGCCGUGGAUUGUGGAAUACUACGGAUCGAGCGAGGGAACAACCAGUGUUGCACAUGGCACUCUACAUAACGGAGACAAACCCGUAGGCAAAGUCGCCUGCUGGGGUCCAUUGAUGCGAAGCCGGUUCUUUGGACAAGACGCUUUCUACAUCAUCGAGGUAGACCUGGAAACAGGGGAAGUCUGGAGAGACCCUCAGACCGGCUUCUGCAAACAGUGCGCCUUUGACGAAGUUGGGAAGCCAUCACACGUAUCGCUCCGCCCAUGCAAGGAACACAUGAUUAUGUUGGAGAAGGUGGCAAAGAGGCCACAGAAAAGAAGCUCCUGA